CAGAUAAAGCGAGUACGGGUACUGGUACACUCGAACGCACACACAGUGCUGUGUCCCUGGACAGUGUGUCUGGUGACAAGACCACGCGUAAGGGCUCUUCGGGUGUCUUCCUGCGGAGCACCAAGAUGUUUGUGCCACACCCGGCGUCUGCCAGUAUGAAGAAGCUGCACA